AUGAAAAUUGGGGGAAAUGCCGCCUGCUCUUCCCUCACGUUCGGUCAGCGAUGGCUCAACGGCCAGAAUCACAAGGGUCUCAAGUACAAUGGGCCAGUCUACUAUAUCGAGGAGGGUGGUGCUGAGAAUGAAGAAGCACUUAUGAGUACUGCAAUGUUGGCAAGAGCAUACUCACUAGAGGGACGAUGGGAGGAGCCAGAGCAGCUCCAGGUGCUAGUGAUGGAGACGAGCAAGACGACGCUCGGCGUGGACCAUCCUGACACGCUGACGAGUAUAGCGAACUUAGCAUCGACGUUUUGGAACCAGGGACGAUGGGAGGAAGCGGAGCAACUCCAGGUGCUGGUGACGGAGACGAGCAAGACGAAGCUUGGCGUGGACCAUCCCUCCACGCUGACGAGUAUGGACAACCUAGCAUCAACGUAUAUAGACCAGGACCAAUGGCAGGAGGCGGAGCAGCUCCAGGUGCUGGUGAUGGAGAGGAGCAAGACAAAGCUCGGCGUGGACCAUCCCGACACGCUGACCAGUAUGGCAAACCUCGCUUUCACCUGA